GAGAUAUUGGGGGUUGGGCUUUUAAUUGAUUGAGCCGGAAAACAAAACCACAGAAUCCUAGACUAUGUUAUGCCUUUAAAUACCAAGACUCCCAGCAGAAGUAGCUCAUAAUUCCUCCAGAAUCCCUUUCUGCAAUGGUUGCAAUAAAUCUCAAAGCCGACGGCAACAGUGAAUCCGAUGAUAUCUACCUGGAGCUCUUAAUCAAGCUAUAUCGCAUUCUAAGGAAGGUUGAUAGCAAGUUAAAUGAGGCUAUACUCCAGCAAUUGAUCAUUAGUAAAGACAACCAACUUUCAACAAUUUCUUUGACACGGUUGAUCGAUGCCUUGAAGGACAAGGAGGGCAAAAUUGGUGUUGUUGUAGGUGUUGUAACUGAUCUUGAUUCUACAGUAUAUGAUGUCCCAGCCAUUAAAGUUGCAGCAAUAUCUUUCACAAACAUGGCACGUACCCGGAUUGAAAGUGCAGGUGGUGAAUGCAUUAUAUUUGAACAACUCUACUCUGGGGAUAUAUUUGGACAUAACUCGGUGCUUGUAACGGAGUCAACAACAUCUUGGUGGCCGGACCUCUCCUCUGAGGAGGACUAGUAUACAGGAGAAAGACAGUGUGAUUUUAAUAAUUAUUAUUUGUUUUCCUAAUGACAAUGGUUUUCUUUGGAAUUUAAAUAAGUUUUUAUUGGUUUAAUUUAUGAGUUUAAUGAUUAAGCAUCUAUUUUUUUA